GGGGAGUCUUUCCCGCGCCGUCCUCCUAAGGCGGCGUCUCUCGUUGCUUUUCUUCCGGGAUGGGUGGGCGGCGGCUGUGAUGAUGGCGGACGAGGAAGGGAGAGCGGAGCCGUGCGCUCCUCACCUGGAGACAGACGCGGAGGCCGCCGGGGACAGCGAGCUGGAGUUCGGGAUCCCCCUGGAGUCCAACGGCUACUUGCUGUACAGGGACCGAAAGGAAUGGGCUGAUAUCGAGCCAGUGCCUCAAGAUGAUGGGCCAAACCCAGUGGUUCAGAUUAUAUACAGCGAGAAAUUCAGGGAUGUGUACGACUACUUCCGAGCCGUUCUGCAGCGCGACGAGAGGAGCGAAAGAGCUUUCACGCUGACGGGGGAUGCCAUCGAGCUCAAUGCUGCAAAUUACACUGUAUGGCAUUUCCGUAGAAUUCUUCUGCAGUCCUUAAAGAAAGACCUGUAUGAGGAACUCAAUUACAUCACAGCUAUCAUUGAAGAUCAGCCAAAGAAUUAUCAAGUCUGGCACCACAGGCGAGUGCUGGUGGAAUGGCUGAAGGAUCCAUCCCGGGAGCUUGAAUUCAUAGCGGACAUUCUUAACCAGGAUGCCAAGAACUACCACGCUUGGCAACACAGGCAGUGGGUCAUUCAGGAAUUCAAACUGUGGGAUGAUGAGCUGGAGUACGUUGAACAACUUCUGAAAGAGGACGUCCGAAACAACUCAGUCUGGAACCAAAGAUACUUUGUCAUUUCCAACACGACUGGAUACGAUGACCCUGCCAUUCUAGAGAGAGAAGUCCAGUAUACUCUAGAAAUGAUCAAGAUGGUGCCUCACAAUGAGAGUGCUUGGAACUAUUUGAAAGGGAUUCUGCAGGAUCGUGGCUUGUCAAAAUUCCCCGGUCUCCUGGAACAGCUGUUGGACUUGCAGCCAAGCCACAGUUCUCCCUACCUGAUUGCCUUCUUGGUGGACAUAUAUGAAGACAUGCUAGAUAACCAGUGUGAAGACAAGGAAGAAACGCUCAACAAAGCAUUAGAGUUGUGUGAAAUCCUGGCGAAAGAAAAAGACGUCAUACGGAAGGAAUACUGGAAAUACAUAGGAAGAUCCCUGCAGAGUAAACACAGCCCGCCUGUGGAACAGGAUGUGCCAACCGAAACUGAUGAGCAGUAAUUUCACAUCAAGGGAAGGGGCAUAUUUAGCUCUGUGGUGUAUUAAGCUAUGAGAGUGGUGGGAGCUAGGCAGGUGACUUUAACGGAUGCCGAUCACCCUCUUCCUAAAUACGGUGUAGCUGUUCAUUACUGCAGAAGUAUUGCUUCUAACCACACCAAGAGCGCAAAGCAUUUGGCAUAACAAACUGACCCCUGGUAACUGCUGCUAUACACAUUGGCUGUGCGGUGGUCCAAAGCACUGUGUGUGUGUGUGUGUGUGUGUGUUUGUUUUUCAAACUUAGUAAUUAGAAGAGCUGUACCAAAUAAACAAAUUGUUUCUGAACAGUAUAUAUGAAGAAUGCUGUAAAAGCUGUUUUCAUGCCCUAAACCUGUUCCCUCCACACAGUGGCCCCCAUUCUCAUCAGAGCAAGUCCAUAUAAGAAACCGAAUGUAUUUUGAGUUGAAUUGCAUAGCUCUUUGUGUGCAGUGGAUCUGUUAGAGUAACUUAAUUUUAAGUCACCGCAAGGAGAAAAUGCAAUUGUAUGUUGGAACAGCUAUGCAACACUGACUGUGUUAUUAUUAUACCCAACUAAUGUCCAUCAAUAAUUUGUAAUAAAAGUA